AUGGAAUUCUGGCCGGCCGGGCUGCACAGCCCCUCAGUCUACUACAUGCUGCGUGAGCGGCAGCUGGCCUACAACAUCAACGCGGCGGUGUCUCAAGGCCCCGCCUCCUGGAGGCGCCAGUCUGUGGCUAAGGGCCGCGCCUGCGAGCUGCUGCAGCGCCGCGGCCUGCCGCCGCUCAGCGUCAGGGUGCCGCAGACGCUGUGCAACAUCCGGCCCGGCGAGACCGCCGUGUAUGUGCGGGCGGUGCAGCGGGCGGCGUGGCAGCAGGCCCCCAAGCCCGCCGUGCCAGCAGCACCACGCAUGGCAGCAGCAGCAGCAGCUGCUGACACAGCAGCGCUUGCGCAGGCGCCCCUGCACUGCCAGGACACACCGCUGCAGCUGCUGGAGCAGCCCGCCAAGCGCAGCCGGCUGUCAACUGAUGAGCACACGCCUCGGCCAGGCCACCUCAUUGCCCGGAGCUCAGCUGGCAUGGCCGGCUCAGCUCGCCUCGUUGCUGCCGUGCCGCGCUCCGCUGCCAGCAGCCGCAGCCAGAGCACAGCCGGCUCGCCGUGCAUGGCGGGCAGCCCGCUGGGAGCGCUGUUCCGCAGGAUGCGGGGCAUGAUGAGCAGCCCGACGCCGCAGCCUGCGGCAGUCUCUGCGUACUGA